GUUUUUAUCCGUGAGUAAGUACGACUGAAUGAUAUAUUUGUAUGUUUGAAUGAUGCGUUUGUAUAUUGUACAGAUGCCCAAUACGCUUUAAUACUUAAGCUCCGGGGCAUAUUUUAACACAUAUCAUGUGUGAAAAUGUGUAAUUUUUACUCUCUCGGUAACAUCGUAUGUAGAAGUUUCAAAUCGUACCGGUUAUUCAAAUUACAGUAAACGCAGCAUUCGUGACGAAUCGGGAGGGCCGUCGCUGAAUACGGCAGCCAUGGCAACAUUGCAUGAGACUUAAAAAUAUCAAUGACAAAAGUUCUCGGUAACUUCUCAGAUAUUCUUUUUGACAGGCAAUAUAAGUUCAACAUGUAGUUAAGUCAGAUUUUAAGGAAGACUAUUGCGGGGACCGAAUCGUUAUCUCUUUCGGGGACAUAUGGUAACAGGUUGAUACUAGUAGACGAGAAAGAACGAGCGUCAACAUGGAUUAAGUCGAUAAGUCAACCAGCUGGCUAACUAAACAGCUAGUUUGACACUUGAACGUACACGAAAGCUAAAAGAAACAUCCUUUUAUCAUGAUGUUAGCGAGAGUAAAGUUUACUGGUAGCAAUGUUCUACUGUUGGUGCGUCUACCAAGCUGAAUAUGUCAGGGGAACGAGCGCCUUUACCAUCCAUAGGAGGUGGUCUCUUACGCGGAAGCCGAACGAGGUCUUAUGGCAGUUUGUUCCGAUCUCCGCUCUCCCCAGUUCGCCAGAGACGUAUUGAACACACAAUUCAGCCCGGAGAGACAAUACAAGGUCUGGCCCUUAAGUAUGGAGUGUCCAUGGAGCAGAUCAAAAGAGCAAACAGGCUGUACACCAAUGACUCAAUAUACCUGAAGAAGUCCUUGUCCAUUCCUGUGCUGUCAGACUUGGAUGACAGCAGCAAUGCAGUGGAUUUGUCUGAGGACAGUAAGGAGGGCAGUGCUGACAAUGCCUCUGCUCACAACGGGCACACAAGAAGCUCCUCUGAGAAAGCACAGCAGGAUGGAAGAGAGAGGGCAUCAGACCUUACUCCUGUGGACUUUUUGAAGAGGUUGGAUGACUUGAUAAGCCAGUCCAAGCAGGCUGCAGUCAGAGGAUGCCAGGAUGGUGAGCAAAGGGUUGCAGCCCUAGAAGCCGCUUGCUCCAGCAGAACAUCAGAUUGGCGACCAAUCACAAGGUCGCAGAGUGUUAUUUCAUCCUCCACAAUUCAUGAGCAGGGAACACAUGUGGCAGUACCCCUCACUGUCACCAAACUCACCAAGAAACUGAGAGACAAAGAGGAUGAGAUCUUUGAACUGUGAUGUCUGGUUUUCUUUGUCUCACUCUGAUUAAUCAAAUUUUCACAGAAAGCCAUAUUGCAGGGAUUUGACUCCAGAACAAAAGUAUUAUAGAUAAAAAAAAAUGAAAAAAGAAACCAGGUUGUUGUGCUGCUGCUGUAUCACAGCCAAUAAAUACAGAAACAUUUUUAAAUGAUUGUUUCACGUCGUCGUAGCUCUGUUCAUUUAAGGCCACAUUCAGUAGAUUAAUAAACACAUGGAGGGUACCAUAGUCACCUCAACACAUGGUUUCCAUCUUAUCCUUAACUUUUCUGACUCGAUCUUUUGAUCAGAAAAUUUAAAAACAUAAAUUGUAUUCACUGUAAAGAUAAUGCAACAAAACUGCUCAUAAAGUUUUUUCUUUAUCACUGCUGAAAAAUUGACCAGAGAUAUGGGGUUAUUUGUAGAAUAUUUUGUCAGAUUUUUUGGAGUUUAUAGAGUUUAAGUGAAUGAUAUGUCUGUUAUUUCACAUAAAUUUUGCAUAGUUUUAAAAUUCAAAGGUUUUAGGAAAUUUCUCUAAUUUAUUGCUAACAAAAAAGAAAAGUUGUAAAUGCUACAUUAAAUAAUUUUUCUGAUAUAUAGUGAAAGACCUGAUUUUUUCCCCCUUACCCAAUAAUAUUUAAUGGCUGUAUCUGGCUGAAUCAUAUGAUAAACAGUCAAGCUAAUCGUUUCAG